AGUGGAGAGGCUUGGUAUGAAUACAAAUACAAGUGGGAAGUACUGUACAUAAUUGAUACUCAUCAAUGGUUGUCUUAAUCUACUAUUCUAGAAAAUAGGCCUGAUUAAUUGAAUAAAUGAACAAUCAUUAUUUUCAUAACACUCCCCCUUGAAUGUUCAUUUUUCAAUUAAUGAUGGGGAUUAAGCCUCUAUUUAUAGCGGAGAAGCUUGGUAUGAAUACAAAUACAAGUGGGAAGUACUGUACAUAAUUGAUACUCAUCAAUGGUUGUCUUAAUCUACUAUUCUAGAAAAUAGGCCUGAUUAAUUGAAUAAAUGAACAAUCAUUAUUUUCAUAACAACAACUUUGUUCUUGUCACAUUAGUUUGCCGCCUUCGCAAUUCUAAGGAUUCAUCUAACUUGAGAUGCUCAAUUGCUUCAACUCCCAUUAAAUUCGACCUGCAUAUUCCGAUUACAACGUGCUCAGUUCGAAUUAAACCCGAAAAUCUUCAGCAAAUACAUAUAUUUUCAAGUAAGGAGAGAAUCCCUAAUUGAGAUGGCAGUGUUGCUAGAGGAGAUGAUGAAGUCACUGGAGCUAUGGAUGGGGUUGAUAAAAAAGACGCAGGCAAUUAUUGACCCAGCUCUUGACCCGGUGCUACUUGUUCCAGGAAUCGCCGGUUCAAUUCUCAACGCCGUCAACCAUAAAACUGGUCGCUCGGAACGGAUCUGGGUCCGGAUCUUCGGAGCUGACCACGAAUUCUGUGACAAGCUUUGGUCUCGUUUCGAUCCCUCCACAGGUCAAGCAGUGAACUUAGACCCCGAUACAAGUAUUGAGGUCCCUGAAGAUAGAUAUGGUUUAUAUGCCAUCGAUUCAUUGGACCCUGAUAUGAUUAUAGGCUGUGACAGUGUGUAUUAUUUCCAUGAUAUGAUUGUGGAAAUGCUCAAGUGGGGCUAUCAAGAGGGAACAUCACUAUUUGGGUUUGGUUAUGAUUUUCGCCAAAGCAACAGGUUUCAUGAAACACUGGAGCGCCUUGCAGUGAAGCUGGAGUCAGUAUAUACUGCCUCAGGUGGCAAAAAGAUAAACAUCAUUAGUCAUUCUAUGGGCGGUCUUCUUGUGAAAUGCUUCAUGACCCUUCACAGUAAUAUUUUUGAGAAGUACGUCAAAAACUGGAUUGCAAUUGCAUCUCCUUUCCAGGGCGCACCAGGGUAUAUUACCUCUACGUUUUUGAAUGGAAUGUCUUUUCUGGAAGGGUGGGAACAAAAGUUUUUCAUAUCUAAGUGGAGCAUGCACCAAUUGUUAAUUGAAUGCCCAUCAAUAUAUGAACUGAUGGGUUCUCCUGAUUUUAACUGGGAACACAUACCACUUCUAGAAGUUUGGAGGGAGAGGUGUAAUAGCGAUGGGGAUUCUUCUUUUAUACUGGAGUCUUAUCCUCCGGUUCAAGCUGUAUCCAUUUUAAAGGAAGCUCUUGAAAAUAAUAAGGUGACGUAUGGUGGUGCUGAUGUUGCCUUACCUUUCAACGUUGAUAUUCUGAACUGGGCCAAUGAAACCCGAAAUGUGUUAAACCGUGCUAAGAUGCCUUCUCAAGUCAAAUUUUUUAAUGUCUAUGGGACUGGCUAUGAUACCCCUCAUAGUGUCAGUUAUGGAAGUGGAGAUAAACCUGUCUCAGAUUUAAAGCAGCUACCUUUUGUAACGCCCAAGUACAUAUAUGUUGAUGGUGAUGGAACAGUUCCAACAGAAUCUGCAAAGGUGGAAGCUAAGAAGGUGGCGUAUUUGAGGUACAUGGGCAGCAAUGUUGAGGAGGAAAGAGCGGCGUUACGAGUGGAGUACAAGAAAGCACGUAAAGAAGCUAAGUUAGAGGUAACGAGGGCGAAGAAUGCCGCUUUUGAACGCCUCUACAAGGAUAUUGAGGAGAAAGGCAGUGUUAAUCCACUGUUCCGGCUUGCUAAGGUGCGUGAGAGGAAGGCCCGAGAUCUGGAUCACGUGAGAUGCGUGAAGGGCAGCGAUGGUAGAGUGGCGUCUCGUGUGUAUUGCCGGCGCAUUUUCCUGGAAGAGGUGGUUCAGGCUCUCCGCGGGAUGCGUAGUGGGAGAGCUUUGGGACCAGAUGAGAUUCCGGUGGAGUUUUGGAAGCAUGCGGGUCGUGGUGCGUGGGUUUGGUUAACCAAACUCUUCAAUGUUAUCCUCCGGAUAGCAAGGAUGCCUGAUGAGUGGAGGGAGAGUCUCUUGGUCCCUCUGUUUAAAGGUAAAGGUGACAUUCAGAGCUGCGAGAAUUACAGAGGCAUCAAACUGCUUAGCCACACCAUGAAGGUUUGGGAGCGAAUCGUUGAGUAUAGGGUGCGGAAAGGGGUUUGCAUCUCUGAGAACCAGUUUGGUUUCAUGCCUCGCAGAUCGACUACGGAGGCCAUUCAUCUCGUGAGGAGGUUAAUGGAAGAGUAUAGGGCUAGGAAGAAGGACCUUCAUAUGGUGUUUAUUGACCUUGAAAAGGCGUAUGAUAGGGUGCCAAGAGAGGUCUUAUGGAGGUGCCUUGAGGCGAGAGGAGUUCCCAUCGUGUACACUCGCGCGAUCAAGGAUAUGUACGAUGGGGCUAUGACCAAGGUAAGGACUUCCGGGGGCGACUCAGAUUCUUUCUCGGUAGGGAUGGGGUUGCACCAGGGGUCUGCCCUUAGCCCUUUUUUGUUCGCCUUGGUGAUGGACGUCCUAACUCAAGGUGUUCAAGACGAGGUCCCAUGGUGCAUGCUUUUCGCAGAUGAUAUUGUGCUUAUCGACGACACACGUGAAGGACUAAACGAUAAGUUGGAAUUAUGGCGCCUUGCCCUUGAGACUAAAGGAUUCGGAAUAAGUAGGAACAAGACUGAAUACAUGGAGUGUCGUUUCAGCGGCCGGGAUACAGAAUCAGAGGUGGAAGUCAGGAUUGACUCUCACCUAGUACCUAAGGUAGACAGGUUCCGAUAUCUUGUCUCGGUAAUCCAGGCUGAUGGGGAGUUAGAUGCAGAUGUUGGACAUCGUGUUGGAGUGGCUUGGGCCAAAUGGCGGUUAGCUUCAGGGGUGUUGUGUGAUCCAAAGAUUUCGCCUAGAAUGAAAGGUGGAGCCGGGGGUCUCUUGGAAACCGCCUCCCUACUUCCGAGUAGGGGCAAGGUCUGCGUACACACACCCUCCCCAGACCCUACUGUUGUGGGAUUCACCUGGGUUGUUGUUGUUGUUGUUAAGGCAGAUGGGCUUAAUGCAGAAGCAAGGGUGGGAGUGCCUGGGGACCACCGAGGAAUCCUAUGUGAUCGUCAUGUCUUCAGGAUUGUCAAGCACUGGCUGAAGGCAGAUCACGAUCCUUUCUAUAACCCCGUUAAUGAUUAUGUCAUCCUGCCAACUCUGUUUGAUCACAUGGAGAGGCACCUUGAGGAAGGUGGCUUGCAGAUAACUUCCUUCAAAGAUGAAUGGGAAAUCAUACCAGAAAAUGAGAUUGACAGGGAAGAAGAGCGCGUUGUGGCUGACGAGAAGAUUUCAGCCGUGGGGCCCGUUUGUGUUCCCCAUGUUGGAGACAAUAGGACCUCACGGGAAGAGGCUGCUGCUGCUGCUCCUGCUGUGAGUGUUCUUCACUCUACUCUCGAGAGCUGUCACGCUGAGCUGAUUAAUGCCAUGUCGGUCUCUACUAAUGCUUGAAGUGAUUGUUGUGUCGGGAUGAUUAUGGGUGUAUAUUGCAAAGAUUGGUUAUGAAACACUAAUCGACAUGUCUUAUAUGAUCCACUUGUGCAUAUAUAUAAAGCAUUGCUGUAAUAACAUAUGUGUAUACACUUUCAAGUAGUUGUAAGAUGGAGCAUGACUGAGUUGUGUCUGUGUAUAUAGUUGUGGCUCCACAUUUGUGUCUUUAUUUUCGUGGCUACGGGUUAGGUUUGUUCUAGGUUGGUUGUGCUUGAAUUGUUGAUGUACCCAACGUAUUUUGGGUAAUCCGUUUCAAAACGUAAUUCCCGUGAACCAAAAGAAUAUGUAUUUUUUAGCAAUGUAUACAUAUUAUCUUCUGAUAAAUAAUCAGUGAAAUCAAAUAAGACACAUUAA